AUGUCAGCAACCUUUACCGUCUUCAGCUUACUCCCUCUCGAACUUCGGCAGUUGAUAUGGCACCUGGCGCUCCCAGGUGACGAACCCGAAGUCUUCGUUAUCCAGGCCGCACACAUUGAUCAGAAGGCCCAAAACGCACCUCCAGAACCCAAGACGGUAGACACGGCUUUCCCAGUAUUGAUGCACACCUGCCACGAGUCGCGCGCCUACGUGCGGAAUCACAGCGGCAUCCGCUUCCGCUUUUCCAUCGAAGCCGACUGCGAGGUGCCGUUCCGUCCUUUUCGUCCCGAGUUGGAUACGGUGUUUUGGGACGAGAACCGGGUUUUCCACCUCUGGGGUCCUUUUUAUACCGCCGCCCAUCACCGCUGGCUGUGGCAGGUCCGCCAUUUGGCCAUACCAUCGGCAAACACUUAUGUCGGACAGCAUAUGACGGAAUGUGUCUUUGCUUACUGCCCGGCGGUCCAGAGCCUAUCGGUGGUGUUUGCCGAUUCGACCGACUAUAAUCGGUUGCAGACCACAUUCGACGAGCCUGGGCGACGGCGAAAGCUUCGAAACAUCCAGCUGGACCACGCGAAGCGCAUGAAGUUCGUGUUUGACCCCUGGCACGCUGACCUCCAUCAUCAAAUCACACUCUAUGAUUUCCUGGUCCUGUUUUGUGACGAGCUCAACCACCACGGAGGGAACAUGGACGACGCGCACGAGGACUGCGUAGGUUGGGGCAUCCAGGGGGAUUCUUCAGAGCGUCGUCUCUGCUUAGCCCAGACAUUUGUGCAGUGGCGCCGCGGGGAAUGGGCUGAGGUGUGUGCCCAGAAGCGUUUGGCGGAGAGGUAG